CAGCUAGAAUUAAUGAAGGGGUCAUUUUACCUUUCAAGUAAGCACUUUUUAGAAAACUGCAAAUACUAUAGUCUACUGCAAAUCGCAUUUCAUGUGAACACAAAUUGCAUGUCUACAUUCCUGAAAAUAAAAACAAAAUUGGAAGGAAAGAAACAAAAAAGAAAGAAUGCUUGCUUCUUCUCCCCCACUCCCUUCCUCUCUCUGCCCACCCCCCGUUCCUCUCUCUCCCUCUCUCUCCCUCUCCUUCUAAUCGCUAGGCCUCUUCGUACUCCAAUAGGAGCUAUGCAAAUUCUGCGUGAGAGAGAGAGAGAGAGAGAGAGAGAGAGAGAGAGAGAGAGAGAGAGAGAGAGAGAGAGAGAGAGAGUGAGAGAGCAGGAAAAACAGAACAGAAAAAAUUACAACCCUCGUAAAAUAACGUGCCUUUUUUGCUACUGAUAGUGCAACAGUAGGCUAUAUGUGGAUGUCGAUUAGCAAUAAAGGAAAAUGCGUUUUUAUUAACGCUUUGUGCAAUUAAACCAUACGGAACGUUUUGGAUGGAUGUGUGUGUGUUUUUUAAAUGCAAAAUCGUGUGUGGAGAGAGAGAGAGAGAGAGAGAGAGAGAGAGAGAGAGAGAGAGAGAGAGAGAGAGAGAGAGAGAGAGAGAGAGAGGGCGAGAGGGAGAGAGGGAGAGACAGAGAAAGGCAGCGACCCUGUGUUGCGCUGGACAAAUAUAGAUUGUGGAUUCUGGCAGCUUGCACCAGUUUGACUAGGUGCUGUGAUAAUUGAAUUGCAUUGAAUUUCUGAAGAUUAUCUCCCGAAGUUGGGAGAAAAUGGACUACAAGUUUUGUGGAUCAUGAAAACUCGCAAUAACAAAAAUUCGAUGUCUGUGCGCAGUGGUCGACGGAAGGAAGUUCCCAGGCUGGCAGAGCAGCAGAAAGGGGUGCGAGUCCACACAUCGCCACUGGGGGGCGGUCACAACAGCGGCAGCAGCACCUCCAGCUCAGAGAGCAGAGCCCUGAGAGAGGCUGCAGAGGGCGUGUCGGGUGGGCGUGUCAGCAGGCGUCAGAGAGGCCGUGAUUUGUCAGAGAGUGAAGGGGAGGGGCCUGGAACGCUGACAAAAAGACAGAGACUACAGGAUGGGUCCUCCCCAUGCCCAGUCUCAUUGGACGUUGGCCUUGACAACCGCCGCGGCAACACUGAUGACAGAGCGAGGCGUGGCAGGGGGCGUGGCCUAGUCAGGACGAGGUGUGGCCGCGAUGAUGUCACGUUGGAGACUAGUGACAACGAUGAUGAUGACGAUGAUAACCAAUCGAACGCCAGCCUCAGCAGCCUGGCCAGUAGCAGCUGCAGCAGUGGGAGGGACAUCGACCAGGACAAUCGCAGCUCCUCCCCCAGCCUCUCCGCCUCCCCCAUGGGGAGCCUGGACUCUGACUCAGACUCGAACUCCCAGGCAGCCCCCCCGGCUCUCCACUCCCCCAAACCAGAGGCCAGCAGACAGCCAACAAACUCCAUCCGGGGCACCAAUCAAACAGUGACCCCCAUAUCACAGGCUGCUAAUGACUCCCCCAAGCAAAAACAGACUCUAACCAAGGGCGAUAUUAAUAACAAUAAUACCAAUAAUAACUUCUCUCCCCCUCCUGCUUUCCUCCAGGCCUCUCAGUCCAUCCUCCCCCCUCCCCCCGCACUCAAACCACUCCCCUUCUGCUCUGCCCCGCUCCCUCCCUCCCAGCAUCCCUCAGCGGACAAACCGGAAAGGAUGAGCACCUCCCCUGCCCCCCACGUCAGUCUGCAGAUCCCUCUUCAUAGCACUGCCUUGCUGAAGUACCCGUCCCUCUCUCCCCAGGGAGGAUGGGGUGCUGGCAGUAACCCCAACCUGGGACCCUGGGGAUCCUCUCCUUCUCCUGCUGUACCCCAGAGUGGAUUCCCCAGGUACGGGAUACCCCACCUUAAUUACCAGCAAGCUCCUAAACAGCCCCCCACAUUCCCGCCCCCUCUUCCUCCUCAUGCCCCUGGCAGAGACUGCAGCUCUGGGCACUUAGCCCCGCUGGCGACAGUGGCCCACAGCACUGGCAGGACCUUCUCCAGCUCCAGUGCCGGGGUGCAGGGCAGGGAGUUUGCCAGCUCUGCCCACCAGGUCCUUCAGCCCAGAGAUUUUGCUGCUUCAGGUUCUUCUUCUAGCGUGCAAAGUCGUGGGUUUAACCCUCUGUCUCAAAAUCGGGAGUUUACCUCUCCAAGCGCCCAGACGCAGCAGCAAAGCAGAGAUUACAAAAACACACAGCCCAGCAGGGAGUUUGCUAGUUUAGGGUCCCAGUCGCAGGGGCGCGAGUACAGCAAUCUGACUGCCCCUGGACCAAACAGGGAGUUCCCUUCUCCCAGCACCCUGACGCAAAAGCAACAAGGCAGAGAAUACACGAACGCACAGCCCGGCAGGGAGUUAGGAAAUCCAAGCGUUCAGUCCCAAGGUCGUGAGUACCCAAGCCUGACCUCACCCCCCGUCCCACCCAGAGAUGCUCAUUCCCAGCAGCAACAGAACAGAGAAUACACAAACCCAAAUGCAAACACACCAGCCAGGGACUUUUCAAGUACUAACCCCCAGUCUCAAAGCCGUGAGUUCACGAAUCUGACUUCCCCAGUUGCACACAGAGACUUCCCUUCUCCAAGCGCUCUGACGCAGCAGCAGAAUAAAGAUUACACAAAUCCCAGCACAGCUGCACAAGCCAGAGAGUUUGCUGGUUCGCAGCGGAGUGAGUACCCUGGUUUGGCGGGCCAGGUCUUAAGCAGGGACUUUGCCCAUGUGGGCCCUGCAACGCAGCCAGGCAGGGAAUUCACAGGGUUCAGCUCUCAGAACAGGGACCUCACUAACCCACAGCUGCCAAGAGACUACCCCAAGAAUCGGGAAGUUUCAAAUCCCACUUCUCAAACUCAAGCAAGGGAUUUUCCCAGCCUAAACCCCAGUCACACCUCUCAAACUGCACGAGACUUUCCAAAUCCCAGUGCGAGGGCCGUGUCAGACUCUGGCUCUCAGUCGUUCAGUAAUACCAGCACUCAGCCACAGGGCCGCGAGUUUACCGCCAAUCCUUUGGCACCAAGCCGUGAUUUCCCCAGCCCUGUCGGCCCCUCACAGCGGGACUUUGUGAGCCAGCAAACUCGAGAGUUCCCCAACUCGAACCCCAAUCCAGGCCUCCUGUCCCCCCAGACACCCAACAGAGACUUUGCUAACCUGGCCGUCCACACUGUAGAGUUCUCCAGUGCUCAGGCUGCCCAGAGCUUCAACCCCCCCUCUACGAGCAGUGAGUUCCCCAGCCUGCCCCCCACCCAGAACAGAGACAAUCCCAGCGCACUAAACCAGGAUUUCACAGGACUGGCGAGAGAUUAUUCCAGUUUCACUUCGGCUCAGAACCGAGAAUUCCCAAAUCCCAAACAGUCCCACAACCAGGAUUAUCCAGUUCCCAGUUCCCAGCCUGCUCCAGCACUGCAGCCCUCCCCCCCCAGUCACACUCCCCCAGCCUCCCAGCGCUCCUCAGCAUUCCCUCCCUCUCUGACCUCCAACCCCUCCCCUUCUCCUUCCUCAUCCUCCAGCUCCCUCACUCCCAUUGGCCAGUACCGGCCCAGCCCUGCCCAGCUCUCAUCCAAUCAGAAUACGCCAGUAGUCAUGAUUGGUGAUGAUGAAAGAGAUGUGAUAGUGGGAGGAGUUUUCACACCAGUUGACCACACCUCCCAAAACACACCCCCUACUGCUUCUACUAGUUCCUGUCCGGAAGACCAUCCCUCUCCUCCUUCUGUUCCUAUCAAUCACCCUCAAGCUUUCCCUCAAGUCCCCCCCUAUCGUUACCCAUCAUCCUCCUCUUCUGCGUCAGUUCCUGGUUCCCCAGCUACCCACAAUCCCCUGCUCCCUCCUCCUGCUCCCCCGACACGUCCUCUCUCUGGCAAUGCUUCACCCCCGAACUACAAGCCUGAGUACAGGACCGCCCCCUUUCCACCAAGCCCCUCCCCUCCCACUCCGAGCCACGUCCCUCCUGCUCUAAACCCCUCCCCCAGCUCUGUUAGCCAAAUCCCCUUCCACUCUACAACAUCCCCUAGCACAGUUAAUAAUAGCAAUAUUAAUUCAGCAGUGCCAUCUUUAAACCCCUGCCCUAGAUUCCACUCCCCCACCCCCUCUACAAACUCCACCCCUCCCAGUUUGAACCUCACUCCCUUUCAUUCUAACAGUAAUAAUACUGUCUCUAAGUCACUCCCACCUCUUAGUAACUCCACCAAUGACCCCCCUGGCUCUGUCUCUGGUCACACCUCUCCGGCCGCUAGUCCCGCCUCCUCAGCUGCCUUCAGGGCCUCCAGCCCCACCAACCCUGUUUCUAGCCACGCCCCUCUGCCUGUCACAUCUUCUGACUUGCUGCCCGGACUCCAGGCCACGCCCAUCAUCAAGCAGGAGCCAAUGGAUGAGGGAGUGGAGGAGCUAGAGAGCCCGCCUCCGGUACAGAGGAGCCCCUCCCCUGAGGCCAAGGUGGUCGACAUUCCGAUCCACGCCAGCCAAUCAGCACGGUUUCACAAGGUGCUGGAUCGCGGAUACAACUCGUGCUCCCGCAGCGAUCUCUACUUCGUGCCUCUCGACGGCUCCAAACUGUGGAAGAAACGGAGCGAUGUGGUGGAGAGGGCGAGGAGAGAGGUGGAGCAGAGAGCGAGGGAUGAGAAAGAGAGGGAGCGUGAGAGGGAGCGCGAGAGAGAGCGGGGGAGGGAGCGCGAGAGGGAGAGGGACAUCGACAGAUCCAUUCAGAAGGACAGUCGGACGGCCCCAGGCCUGCUCCCCUUCUCAACCCCUCACCCCGCCCCUGCAGCCCAGCCCAGUUCAGCCCUUCCUAUCCUGGUGGAGCACACCCAGUCCAGCAUGGCAUGCAGCCCCAGCUCAGGCUCUGCCCUGCUGCUGCCUCCUCCUCCCCACCACCUGUCCCGGGGGGCGAUGGAGCAGCUCUGCCCCGUGUCUCAAGGCUCCGUGGCAGCGGUGCCCCCCUACCUGGGCCCGGACACGCCUGCCCUGCGCACGCUGAGCGAGUACGCCAGGCCUCACGUCAUGUCGCCUCACCACCGCCCCCCUAGCCACCCCCACCACCCCUACUUCAUGCCGCAGUUCCCCAAUGCACACCCCGACGCGGCGGCUGCGAUCCUGGGCUUCAUCUAUGGGGGUCUGGAGGGGCAGGUGCACCCCCUGGCGCGGGACCGAGUGAAGCCCGGGUUCGAGUUCAAGACGGAGAACUUCAGCGAGCUGGCCCACCUGAGCGCCCACGCCCACGCCCAUGCCCACGCCCACCACCCCUCUCACUCGGGGCUGCUGCUCCCCGGGGACACCCUGUGCCCCCGCAGCCUGCCGCCUCACCACGCCUUCCUGCACCCCUCCUUCUCUCCUCUACACCCCCCGCCCUGCUCACACACACAGGCAGGGCCCAGAGACCCCCGAGAGCAGCCCCCUGCGCCCCCUCGGAUAGGAGGGGAGUCUGAGAGGGGGGCGGCCCCUGGGGGAGGGGCAGGGGGCUCCUCUAGCUCAGGGGCCCCAGGGUCGAGUGGAGGGCUACAGAUGGUCAAUGUGACUCCACACCAUCACCAGCACUCCCACAUCCACUCACACCUUCACCUGCACCAGCAGGACGCAGCACUGCACGCAGCUGCUGCUGGAGUGCACCCCCUGAUUGACCCCCUGACCUCGGGGCCACACCUCUCUCGUCUGCCCUACCCAGCAGGGGGGCUCUCCAACCCCCUUCUCACUCACCCCCUCCAUGAGAGCGAGGUGCUGAGGCAGCAACUAUUCGGCGUUCAGUUCCGGGAGCUGCCCCCCCCCUCGCUGCCCCCCCAGAUGUCAGCGGCUCACCAGCUGCAGGCGAUGCAGGCCCAGUCAGCAGAGCUGCAGAGACUGGCUCUGGAGCAGCAGUGGAUACAGCACCACUCCCUCCCUCCCACACAGGAGGACUAUUACAGCCACAUGAAGAAGGAAAAUGAUAAAGCACUUUGAGCAGGUGAAGUGGCCAGAGAGAAGUCAUCUCACCAUCAAUGAAGAAAGAAAGAAGGAAAGAGUGAGAGUGCAAAAUGAAGGGGAGGAAAAAGACAGCUGGCAAAAUGGAAAAUCUAUUAAGAUCCUGGAGAAAAAUCCAGAAGGUUUGAAAGCAAUUUAUUUAAUGAACGUUUUUUGAGAAGACAAUAUAUUUGUAAACAUGUCCUUUUAAUUUUGAUAUCAUUAAUUGAGCACUUAAUAUUAUGGAUUCAUACAUUUUACAUUUUAAAAUGAAAGUAAAGGGUGCUCCCUCCAGUCCAGGGCAGGCUUGAGGCAUGAACUGCUCCCUGCCUCCCCCUGUCACCCCCCUAAGAGAAAGGGUGCUCCCUCCAGUCCAGGGCAGGCUUGAGGCAUGAACUGCUCCCUGCCUCCCCCUGUCACCCCCCUAAGAGAAAGGGUGCUCCCUCCAGUCCAGGGCAGGCUUGAGGCAUGGAGACUGAACUGCUCCCUCUCUCCCCCCCUAAGAGAAAGGGUGCUCCCUCCAGUCAAGGGCAGACUUGAGGCAUGAACUGCUCCCUCCAUCCCCCUGUCACCCCCUAGAGAAAGGGUGCUCCCUCCAGUCUAGAGCAGGCUGAGGCAUGGAGACUGAACUGCUCCCUCCCUCACCCCCUAAGAGAAAGGGUGCUCCCUCCAGUCUAGAGCAGGCUGAGGCAUGGAGACUGAACUGCUCCCUCCCUCACCCCCUAAGAGAAAGGGUGCUCCCUCCAAUCCAGGGCAGGCUUGAGGCAUGAACUGCUCCCUGCAUCCUCCUGUCACCCCCCUAAGAGAAAGGGUGCUCCCUCCAAUCCAGGGCAGGCUUGAGGCAUGGAGACUGAACUGCUCCCUACCUCACCCCCUAAGAGAAAGGGUGCUCCCUCCAGUCCAGAGCAGGCUGAGGCAUGGAGAUUUUAAGGAAUUAAGAGAAGUAUUUUUUUAAUUAAGUUUUACUAUUUUUUUUUAAAUGAACUAUCUAAAGAAUAAGGAAAACAUGGAUAUUAUCAUUUUAAGCCUCACAUUUUUGUUUACUUUUUUCUUUUCCUAUAUAGUUGUGUGAGAGAGACUGCCUGCCCUGGUUUAAAAAAAUAAAUAUUUUCUUUCUUUUUUUUAAAAAAUAAAACCUUUAAAAACAUAACUUUAAAAAAGAAUGAUGAAUCUUAUUUUGAUAUCAUGCUGUUACAGUAAUGUAAAUACUCUCAAUGUGGUGCCACUAUCACAGGUUUUGUCUAUUAAUGUCUGUUUUAUGUAUGAAAAAUGCGUGUAAUUAAAAAAACAAAAGAUUCUUUUGGAAACGGGGGUAUUAAGUAGAAGUUGUUUUAGCCAAUGAGUGAAUACGUUCUUUGAUGUACCCCAGCAUGUUGUUGCCCCCAUGUAUGCAUUAUUAUUAUCAUUUAUUAGCAGACGCCCUUAUCCAGGACGACUUACAAUUGUUACAACAUAUCACAUUAUACAUUAUUUCACAUUAUACAGAUAUCACAUUAUUUUACAUACAAUUACCCAUUUAUACAGUUGGGUUUUUACUGGAGCAAUCUAGGUAAAGUACCCCCACUGGGGAAUGAACCCACAACCCUCCGGUCAAGAGUCCAGAGCCCUAACCACUACUCCACACUGCUGCCUUACCCAAUGACAGACACAUUGCUUUCUUCCUUGCAUUCUUUCUUUCUCACAAAAUAUCUUGGUAUCCCUGAACAGAUCCUCACAUACAUGCAAAAGAUUUUCAGAUGCAGUAACAACUCAGAACCACCGGGGGGAUCUUUGUUAGAUGCAGUAACAGCUCAGAACCACCGGGGGGAUCUUUGUUAGAUGCAGUAACAGCUCAGAACCAUCGGGGGGAUCUUUGUUAGAUGCAGUAACAGCUCAGAACCACCGGGGGGAUCUUUGUUAGAUGCAGUAACAGCUCAGAACCACCGGGGGGAUCUUUGUUAUUCAGUAAUGUGUUUCUGCUGCAGAGCACUCAUUGUGAACGGGGCUGCAGCGCAGAGACACCACCUUUGCUCAUUUCAAUCAUUUGCAUGCAGUUUAUGAAACAAUUAUCUGGUCAGGGGUACAGAGAGAUGUAGUGGUAAUGAACAAAAGCAAGCAAGAGGUCUGAAUAGUGGGGUAACACAGGGUUUCAUGCUUAGGUGUCAAUUCCAGAGUCACAAAUAAUACAAAAACACAAAUCCGACCUUGGUGACUCUUUGUUGGCAGUCCAGUUUGUUUCCAUUCCUCAAAGGACGGUGAAUGGCGGGGCGCACUACACACUUUUACAUUCAGUGUUUUUAUUCAUUUUGUUUUUGAGAAAACAUAUUUCUCAUAGAUUUUCUUUAUUUAACACCCUCACCCCCCUUUUCUAAAAUGAUCUUUUUUUUUAAAUAUAUGAAAUUAUCAAAACAAAUAAUUAAAACUGUAAAUAAUGUUGUUUUAUUUCAUGGUUUUUUCACACGUGUUCUGUGUGUGUGAGAGAGAUUGCGUGUGAGAGAGAUUGUGAGUGUGUGAGAGAGAGAGGUUGCGAGUGUAAGAGAUUGUGAGUGUGAGAGAGAGAGAUUGUGAGUGUUAGAGAGAGAGAGAUUGUGAGAGAUUGUGAGUGUGAGUGAGUGUGUGAGAGAGAGAGGUUGUGAGUGUAAGAGAUUGUGAGAGUGAGAGAGAGAGAUUUGAGUGUGUGUGAGAGAGAGAGAGAGAUUGUGAGUGUGUGAGAGAGAGAGAUAUCGUGAGUGUGAGAGAGAGAUUAUGAGUGUGAGCGAGUGUGAGAGAGAUUGGGAGUGUGAGGGAGUGUGUGAGAGAUUGGGAGUGUGAGAGAGAUUGGGAGUGUGAGGGAGUGUGAGAGAGUUUGGGAGUGUGAGGGAGUGUGUGAGAGAUUGGGAGUGUGAGGGAGUGUGUGAGAGAUUGGGAGUGUGAGGGAGUGUGUGAGAGAUUGGGAGUGUGAGGGAGUGUGUGAGAGAUUGUUAGUGUGAGGGAGUGUGAGAGAGAUUGGGAGUGUGAGGGAGUGUGUGAGAGAUUGGGAGUGUGAGGGAGUGUGAGAGAUUGUUAGUGUGAGGGAGUGUGAGAGAGAUUGGGAGUGUGAGGGAGUGUGUGAGAGAUUGGGAGUGUGAGGGAGUGUGAGAGAGAUUGUUAGUGUGAGGGAGUGUGUGAGAGAUUGGGAGUGUGAACGAGUGUGAGAGAGAUUGGGAGUGUGAGGGAGUGUGUGAGAGAUUGGGAGUGUGAGGGAGUGUGAGAGAGAUUGGGAGUGUGAGGGAGUGUGUGAGAGAGAUUGGGAGUGUGAGGGAGUGUGAGAGAGAUUGGGAGUGUGAGGGAGUGUGUGAGAGAUUGGGAGUGUGAGGGAGAAUGGGAGUGUGAGCGAGUGUGUGUGUGUGAGUUGACCUGCCCUGCCUGCCUGCCCCCCCUGUGCUGCUGAGCUGUGCUGAUGUGGGCCCCGCACCAAAUCCCUACUCUCAUCAUUGCACGCAGCUAGAUGCUGAAACCCUAUUGAUCACUACUGCUUUGUUUUGUUGCAUUUCCUGACUGAUAAAAUGCAUGGGGCUACCCUUUUUUUUAUAUAAAAAAAAAAAGAUUCAAAUGAUAAUUAUUAUUAUUGUUGUUAUUAUGAUUUUAUAUUAUUUUUACAUUUUUUUCUGUGUGAAAAAUAAAUCAGCAGAACAAAAAACAAAGUGACAUAAUAAAUAAUUUGUUUUUUUCA